CUAGGCUUGCCGUACCGACAGCUCUGUCAGUCACUCCAUCGCUCGCAGCUUCCCGCCAGUAUGAAGUUCCAGGAGCGCUCGUGCUGACCACCGUUACCGGAGAACUGUCAAUCAUUCGUUCGUUCCAAAACCGCCUGCCGGUAUGACGUCACGGGAGUUGCAGUUCUGAGCGCGCGACCCGUCAAUCACUCCUUUACGGCGAGCGUGUGGAAAAUCUCUGCACUGAUCUGCGCGUGAAUCCACUGCUGUCCACAAUGCUGGAUACCCACGCAGCAUCAGGUGAGGAUAAAAACACUCCGCGUGCUUGAACGCCUUAGUAAUCCGGAGGGAAAAAAAGCAAGAAGUAUGGAUAAACGCGACAAGAAAGCGAAAAAGGAUUCAGUGAAGUCUACGAAACGCACAGGGAAGCUGUUCCGGAGAAAAUCGUUCAAAUCAGUGGAAAGUUUGGUGAGUAAGAUCUUGAAAAGUUUGGGAAGCUUGGCCAACGGCGGAGAAACAACCGAGCGCUCGGAUGCUGAGGAUGAUGAUGGUGGGUUUGGAGAAAGCGCACCUUGCGCGGGAAACUCGGGACAUGUGAGAAAAGAGGACAGCAGCCAGGUGAGAAAAAGUUGCUCGCUUCCCUGCCGUUCCUCCGUGAGAGAGCGACUGUUCUCGCUGUACGGGGAUAAAACGCCAGGCGUGCUGGGUCUGAAGAAUCACGGGAACACCUGCUUCAUGAACGCCGUCGUGCAGUGCUUGAGCAACACGGACCUACUUGCUGAGUAUCUGUGUCUGGAGCGAUAUAAACUGGAUCUGGGUCGCAGGGGAAUGAACGGGUUUGUAAAGAAUGAGAACGGUCAGCAGGAGAAAGGCGAGGUUACGGAACGGCUCGCUACUUUGGUCCGAGCGCUUUGGACUUUUCAAUACACUCCUCAACUCUCGGCUGAGUUCAAGAUGACAGUAUCUAAACAUGGUGCACAGUUCCGGGGGAAUUCCCAGCAUGAUGCUCUUGAAUUCCUGCUCUGGCUUCUGGACCGCCUCCAUGAGGACGUCAACUCAUCUUCAACCCACCCCAAUGGGAAUAACAGAAGCAAAUCAAGUGGCAAGGGUCAAGAAGGAGGUUAUGAAAAGCCUGUCUCUGAUACCCUGACCCCGCCACAGACACAGCCUGGUGUAUGUCACAGCUUUGUACAAGAGCACUUCCAGGCACAAUAUAAGUCAUCCCUGACAUGCCCACAUUGUCUUAAGCAGAGCAACACGUUUGAUCCUUUUCUGUGCAUUUCCCUCCCUAUUCCUCUAAGACAGACGAGACCAGUGUGUGUGACUUUGGUGUUUAGCAGUAAAGGGCAGCGGUAUCUGAGAGUGGGGCUCGCUGUGCCUCUCUUUGGCUCUUUGGCAUGUCUGCGCCGGAUGGUGGCAGAUGAGGGCAAGAUCUCUCCCGAUCAGGUCAUAUUGGCAGAGGUCUACACAACUGGUUUCCAGCGCUCGUUCUUUGAUGACGAUGACUUGACCAGCAUAGCAGAGAGUGACAUCAUCUAUGCCUUCCAAGCUCCGCCCCUUUACAUCAGGGGUGGAUCUGCACGAAUCUCAGGUUUGCACCACAGUCUUCCGUCCUCUCCGUACACCUCGUCUGGGCCGGAGGGUCACAGACUGGCUGCAUCUGGAGCGCUGUCCUCUGAGUUUCUGAACCAGGCCGACGGGAUGGGGAAGAUCUUGCUGCUGGUGUGUAAUGCAGCCGGAGCAGGACAGCAGGCAGUGAGAUUCGGUCCUCCAUUUCUGAUGAGAGAGGACAGGUCAGUGUCGUGGGCCCAGCUACAGCAGAGCAUCCUCAGUAAACUCUACUAUCUAAUGAUCAAUGGAUCACAGGCACAUAAUUUCAGGGUGUUGUUCAAGAUUCGUGUCGUUGGGGGAUCUGCAGCUUAUAGCUACUUAAAUCCUCAAGACGGACGGCCGCUUUAUCACCCUGCUGUGGACAGAGCUCUAAAGCUGUGUGGCUUAGGUGGACCGCCGCAUGUGAAGCUCAUUGUUGAGUGGGAGCACAGAAUCAAAGACUGUCUGUUUGGUAACAUCCAAGAGGAGGUGGUGAAGGACUCGGAAAGUGUUCGUGCUCAACAACAACACCACGUUCAACAGCACAGCUGCACCCUGGAUGAGUGCUUUGAGCUCUACACCAAAGAAGAACAACUGGCCCCUGACGAUGCAUGGAAGUGUCCUCACUGUAAGCAGCUGCAGCAGGGCACGGUGCAGAUGAGCCUGUGGACUCUUCCAGACAUCCUCAUCCUUCACCUCAAGCGCUUCAGACAGGUGGGAGAGCGCCGUAACAAGCUCUCCACGCUGGUGCACUUCCCCCUCACUGGCCUCGAUAUGGGCCGCCACAUGGUCAAGAGGAGCAACUGUGCCCGACCGCCACCCGGCUGGAAACAACAGGCCCAUCCCCGGCCUGAAGCCAGCCAUCCCACGCUGACCUUCCUGUACGACCUGUACGCUGUGUGUAACCAUCAUGGAGGCAUGCAUGGAGGCCAUUACACAGCAUACUGCAGGAACUCAGUGGAUGGUCAGUGGUAUGCCUACGAUGACAGCAGUGUUGAGCCAGUGCCUGAGGGGGAAGUGUGCACACGUGCUGCUUAUAUCCUCUUCUAUCAGAGACGAGAUGCCAUCCCAUCCUGGUCAGCUAGCUGCUCGCUGCAAGGUUCCUCCAGCUCUUCAACAUCAGACCACUGGCUCAUCCGACUGAACGCAGACAACCGAAUUUCAAAUUCAACCAGCAAGCUGUCCAAUUCAUCUUCAGCACCUGAGCCCCAAACACAACACCUUCCUAUCGUACAUGAGCCUCAAAAUGAAGACAACAAUGUAGUUGAGCCGAUGCCAUUUGUACGAAGUGUCCGGGGCCACAGUAUGAGUAUGCGCUACCCCUCCAAAUCCAAGACGGGCCCAAGCAAAGUUCUUCCACUGCGCUGGUCAUUUGCUUCCAAGGACCGCAGAAAGCCCUCCAGCAUCGGUCCACAGCCCGGAAACGACGAGCUGGUGGAGUACCUUGAGUCCGGCCGGCGGCCUCGAUGCACCAAGGAGCCCAUAGUAAGUAUCGUGGCUAGUCCUUCACAGGUCAAAGCCCAGAUUCACGAGGAUGAUUCUUUGAGUUCCCCGAGCUGUAGCAGUACUGUGGAGCGAUGUAGCUAUCAAGGUCCGGAUUCCCCCAGACUGCCCGAAGGCCAGAGCAGACCAGCAGCGGACCUCAACGGCAUCACAUCCGAUGGCUUGCUGGCCAAAAACAGUUCAAAAACCAUUCAGGAGCACGAAAGGACUCAAGCCAGUAAGUCACUUCAAGGUUCCCCUAGUGCACUUUCCAAUAGUACUAGCAACAGUGCAUCUUAUUCCAGAGACUCCUCGUUAAAACAGCUACGAAACCAGCCAUCUGCGACUAACAGGACUCGUCCCAGCCAGACGCAGAUGGCCACAGGGGAAAGCAGGAGUAAAGACAGCGCCAUCAUCAGUAACACCCAAUUGAAGGAUAAGGAGGUGGCUCACGGGAAAACGUUUUCCAGCAAGAGCUUGACCAAACUGUCACUAUCCAACGGGACUCCAAAUGGAAAGGGCAUUGAGGUGAGGAAAACUGGCACUGCUCACAAGAGCACCAGUAAUGCAAUUAACAGCAGAGAAAACCAGGUUUGUUCAAGCACAGCUGAUAUAAAACGAGCCCACAGCUCAUCCAAUAUUCAGAGCAAGCUAGAUAUGACUUUGAAAAGGACGUUGUCUCUCCAAAGAAACGGUCCAUUGGUGCCGGCCCCCCAUAAAGGACCUGCGGUAGAUAAAUCCUCCUAUGCAACACUACAGAAAAUCAGAUACAGCAGCACUUCACUUGGCAGACAGAGACCUGUGCCCGAGUCCUGCUUCUGAUGGGUUUCAUCUUCACUGUGGAUUGUACUGUAUAUAUGUUUUAUGCAUAUGACAACGUUUAAAUAUUGCAUACUGUUGCUCUUUUCCAAAAACUAGUGAGCAUUGAAAAGCAUUUUAUGCACGUUUCCAACACAAUGCCUGGUUGAAAAUGCUUAAAACAGCAGCAGGUAGUCUUUAAAGAGAUUGCAGUUCUAUAAUGCAUUGCAAAAAAUUCAGUGAACAAAUUCAAGACGACAAGUGAAACGAGAGAAAAUGUUCAUUAUAAAUGUGCAUAUAAAAUUAUUUAAUAAUGAAAAUGUUUUUUAAAAACAUAUAUAGACUACCGUUCAAAAGUUUCAGGUUGGUAAGAUUUUUUUUUUCUCUUAUGUAUUUCAUCAAAUCAGUAAUCCUUAAGAAUUCAUUCUAGAAUGAUUUGUUUGUUCAUGAAGCAUUUCUUCUUAUCAGUGUUGAUCCAUUUAAUACAUCUUUGCUGAAUAAAAGCAUUAAUUUCUUUCAAUAACAAAAAAUCUUACUCACCGCAAAUAUUCAAACAGUCUUGAAUGUUUCUUUAACUAUGUGCACUUUUGACCCUGUGGACUUAAUGAAAAAAAACACUUAAUUAGUCCAUUUACAAGGUCUCUUUUUUCUGAAAAAUUUUAUGUUUUCAUCAGACGUUUCAGUCAUUUCUAGCACAUCUCAGAUUAUGUAUUAUGUUUAAUGACAUUCUGGGAUGGGAAGGACAUUUUGACAUUUAGAAUAAAAUAACAGACUCUUGUUUUGCCAAGCCUAAAUUUGUAGCUAGCAUUUUAUGUAUCAGAGAUAAAUACAACACACUUUUUGGAUAAUUUAACAAAAUUACAGCUCUAUCGGAAAUUGGGCACAAAAAUAAAAUCAAGUGAUGUUUACCUUGUUUUUUUCCCCUUUAUUUUGUUGAUCUCAUUUCACCUCAAGCUCUUCACUGACACUGUUGUCUCCUUAGUAACCAAGUACACUAAUUUUUGAUAAAAAAAAAAAGAGGCAAAACUGAUGUAGUGGAAGUGACAUCACAAAUAUGGGACAGUUAUAACUUUUGAAAAACUGAUAUUGUACAGUAUAUUUUCACACUAUAGCUAUAGACAUAAAUGAUAUAUAAAAAAAAAAGAAAAAUGCUUCCGAGUGUGACUGAGUUAUAUUGUGACUGUCAUAUAACAAUAUAACAACAAAAAAAAGCUGACAGCUAUUGAAAAUCAACCCCUGGGUCAUAAAAGUGCAAGUUGAAGAAACAAUUAAAUAUAGUAUUGAAGUUCCUCUUGUGUCAUAUUAAAAAUGAUAACAAAGUUGCUAUUUGUUGAUGACUGUGGAGUUUCCUAUUUGUAUGACAGCUUCUGCAUAUAUAGUGCUUCUAUAUAUCUAUAUAUUUUAUCUAUAUAUAUUUUAUGACAUUAUAAUUUACCUAGGAUGCUGCCUUAGAAGGUAGCUACCUAUGUAGGGGGUAGGCACUAUGGUUGCUCACUAGGUUUUGGAUCAGAGCUUGUGUUUCCCCUCUCAAAUCUGACUUUCUGUAUCAUAACUUUAAUAUUUAACUUGCAUAUCUCAAAGCCUGUUCUUAAAUCUCCAUUUAUAUCUGCAGAUACAGUAUGUAGCUUCACUCGCUAGUGGCUGGAUUUAGCAGUAAUGAUACAGUAGGAUCCGCUUAAAUGUCAGAAUUGAGGUCUGCUUUAUGCGUUUAGUGAACUGUCAUGUAUAUUUAUGCAAGUGCCUUUUUGUAAUGAUCUCAGGAGAGCGGCGGUCAUUGGAGCAGAGUGUUUUUUUUUUUGUUUUGUUUUUUACUUAUGAAUAUACAUGUGCACAACUCACCACAGAUGAAAUAAAUCCACAGAUGACACAAA